AUGAUCGUCAAACUCACCCAACCAUACAGCUUCCUGGAUGAUUACAGCGAGGGUGCUCAUCCACGCCUACUGCAGUCCCUCCUCCUCACCAACGCCACACAACAAACCGGCUACGGCACAGAUGAAUACACACACGAAGCUCGUCAAUUAAUUUACUCUCAAAUACAAGCCACCGACGAUGAAGUCGCCAUCCACUUUGUUCCCAGCGGAACUGCCGCGAAUCUCAUUUCCAUUGCCAGCUGCCUGCGGCCCUAUGAAGCCGUUCUCGCCGUAGAAACCGGGCACAUCCUGGACAAGGAAGCCGGAGCCAUCGAAGCCACCGGCCACAAAGUCAUCCCCGUCCCCGGGGUACGGGGAAAAAUGACCCCCGAGAAUCUAGAGCGGGUGUUGGAUCGCAAUACCUUCUUCCCGCACAUGGCCAAGCCGCGGCUGGUGUACAUCUCCAAUGCGACGGAGGUGGGCACGAUCUACACGCGGAGUGAGCUGCGGCGGCUGUCGGAGACGUGUCGACGGCGGGAUUUACUGCUGCAUGUGGACGGAGCGCGAUUGGGGGUGGCGCUGAGCGCCGAGUUGAAUGAUCUCACCCUGCGCGAUAUGGUCGAUUACACGGAUAUCUUCUGGAUCGGCGGCACGAAAAUGGGCGCCUUGCUGGGCGAGGCGGUCGUGGUGCGCAGGAGUCUGGCCGAGGGGUUUGAAUUCAAUAUCAAGCAGCGCGGAGCCUUGCUGGGCAAGUCCCGCGUUAUGGGAGUGCAGUUUGCCGAGUUGUUUCGGGAUGGGUUGUAUUUUGAGCUGGCCAGACAUGCGAAUGCCAUGGCGCGGCGCAUUUCGGCGCAGUUUGAACGCAUGGGAUGGGAGCUGGCGGCUGAGACGGAAACCAACCAGGUGUUUGUCGUGGUACCGGAUGCUAUGCUGCAUCGGCUGGCGGAGCGCAUCCGAUUCUACGAGUGGGAUAAGCGUGAAACUGGCACGGUGAUUCGCAUUGUGACAGCCUGGGCUACGGAUGAGAUGGCGGUCAAGUGCAUCCACGAUGGCCAUCCUCCCUGCCGUCGCUGCCACCGCCUCCGUCGCGAUAACUGCGUCCUGACCGAUCCGCGCUCUCCCGGUGUGCGCACACCCCGAACCCCUCGCAGAGCCAGCAUUAGAAGAACCGGCUCAGGUUCAGCGUCAGGGAUAGGAACAGGGACAAGAACAGCAACAGACACAGGAAAUACCACCGCGACCACUCCCAUAGCCAGCUCGCCCGCUCCCUCUCCCACUCCCUCUCAUUCUGCCAAUCCCAUCGCUGCCAUCGCCCCGGCCACUCUCAUCGCAGCAUGCGACAUCUACCGCAAGAAAUUCCCCGUCGUCAACUUCCUUCAUUAUCCCUCGCUGAUCGCCGAUCUCUCCCAUCAUGCCUCCGCCGUCGAACCCGUUUUUCUCUCAGCUCUACUUUCUCUAUGCGCCCGCUUCAUGUCCGACGCCGCCCUGGCUGCUCCUGAAACCUACGCGGAGUAUGCGCGCUCUCAGCUAGCCCAUCGCGCCUUCGAAGCCCCUUCCCUCUAUCUUGCACAAUCGCUCGUCAUGAUCUCGCUCUACGAAUGGGGUUCGGGUCGGCCUUAUCGCGCAUGGAUGUACAGCGGCAUGGCCACCUACAUGAUCCAAUCCCUCCUCAAGACCGCCGAUGAUACCAUGGAACAACAACCCCUCCUUGACCUGCCCGCCCAUCGCAUAACCUACGAACAGCUGGUCCGCACCUACUGGUGUUGCUUUGCACAGGACUGUGAGCUCAGCUCCGGCGCCCGCCAACACUUCGCACUCUCCUUCCGCCAGAUCUCCGUGCCCCUCCCCAUCAGCGAUUCCGACUUUACCUUUGGGAAAGCCACCCCACGCUUAAUGCCGGCGGACAUGAAUCGCUCAUCCUCUCUGGCACUGAAUUUAUCUAUUGAUCGGGGAUUGACUAUCGUCACACGGGGGUUCGACAUAUUCGUUCGCAUACUCCGGUUCGCCAAUGAGAGCCGUCGGGGUCGGGCGCAAGGGUCGGCAGGGUUGUCGCUCCGCGCGUGGGAGAUGCUCAAGGCCGAGCUGGACGAGUGGAGGGGGCUUCAGGAUGCGACGGUGCGGUAUCCCGAGACCAAUGCGCAGGCGCAUGUGGCCUUGGGAUCGGGGGAGUUGUUCGCCUAUAUCAACCUGGUGUAUUUCAUGAGUAUUCUAUUCCUCUACCGCGACCGCUUCCUCUCCACUCCCAAAUCAUCCAUCGAUCAUCACGACCCGGCCGACGACGAGGCCAUUGACCACCUCUUCGCCACGGCACAGCACAUCAGCGCGAUACUCGCUGCCCUUGAAGCCUGCGCCACUCCUGUCAUCACUCCAUAUGCGGGGUUCAGCGUCUUCGUCGCCGCCCAUAUCAACAUGUACGGGACUGUCUGUCCGGGCCGGUACCCGGGGGGACUGGCGCGCGCGCAGGAAGAGAAGAAGAUGAAUCUGGAGUAUCUGGAGCGACUGUGUCGGUUCUGGGAUGUGGGAACCAGCUGGUGGCGAACUCUCCAAGAAGCAAACCGGUUCUAUGAAACAGCCCGAACCACCGCCCAAGGUCCAACGGGCGUUUCUCGUCCAGAGCAUCUCACCCUGGCCGGUACCAUCGAUGAAUACGGCGAUAUUCGCGUGUCGCGACCCGAGACAGCGUCUCCCGCGCGACGACGCCCAGGGGUAUCUUCUGAGGGAGUAGGAGUGCGACGCAUGUCGGUUGCCGAGUUGACGGCGCCAGGUGGUGGUGGAAGCAGCGGUGGUAGUGGUGAGUGGGCGGAUGUCGAGGCGGAGAUGUGGCAGUGGCCGUUUCUCGAUGAGAAUUGGUCGUUGGGAUUCGAUACGGGGUUUGAGUCGGCGUGGCCGGGGUUGAGCUGA